CCCAAGCACGAUUUUCAUUUUGAAAGCGCACUCCUGCCAACCCAGGAUUCUUACCUGCCUCCUGGAAAUUUUGCUCCGUUUCUGGCACAAGAGGGAAUAGACGCCGAGAGGUGCCACUCGGUUCUCCUGUCCUCCCAACUUCACCGAGACGCCCCCAGCCUCAGAGCCCCCUCGGUUCUCCUUGGAGAUGCUGGCAUGCCCAGACACGGAGCUGUGGCUCAUCCAAGCCCCCGCAGACUUUGCCCCACACUGCCUCAACGGAAGACGCGUCCCUCUCUCUGGCUCCCGGAUUGUGAAGGGCAAGGUAGAGGGCAAGAAGCACCGCUACCAGGUCCUGGGCCGCAGCAGCCUCGAGGCUGGAGGAACGACCCUGCUGGCCCCAUCGGCCGAGGCAGGAGGCGGACUCUUCUGUGCCCCGCCUGCUCGUGGCAGCUUAAGGAUCAUUGAGGGUCCCCAGGAAUCCCCAGGGACCCCUCUGCAGGCCAUUCCAGCCUGCCCCCCACCACAGAUCCCCGCCGGCCUGCGGCCUCGCUUCUGUGCCUUUGGAGGCAGCCCUCCGGUCACGGGGCCCGCGUCAGCCGUGGCACCGGGAUCACCCAGCCCCGGGAAGCGGAGGAAGAAGAAGAGGCAGACGCCAGAGGCCUCAGCCACACCCGAGGAGUGGGUGAAUGGGCACCAGCCGGUGGAGGUAGACACAGCCUGGGGGUGCCUAGACACGGAGGUGAGGAAGAAGACGAAGAAGAAGACGAAGAAGCAGUUGGGUGACAGUGAGGUGACAGAGUCUGUGGCGAUGGAACAGGCUGCAGAGGUGCUGGAGCCUGUGGACCAGCCGCUGUCACCCACCACCAGCAGCAAGAAGAAAAAGCCCAAGGGGACAGAGACGUCAGAGCCGGGCCUGGCGAUGCUGGAGCCUGAAGGAAAACCAGGGGAGCCUCCUGUGGGGACAGUCCUGUCCCCCACUAAGAAGAGGAAGAGGGAGAAGGGGGCUGAAGGGAUUGAACCGGCGGAUGGGACCGGAGCUAGCUCUCAACCACAGAUAGACGUGGGACUGCAAGGGGAAGCCAUUGCGCCGUCCCCCAGAGAGAAGAGAGAGAAGCGGGGAGAUUCACUAGUGGACCUGUGGACUGAGGUGGGGCUCCAUGGGGAGACAACAGAGCCUGAACUGUGGAGGGAAUGUGGGCUCCAGGCCGAGGCGGAUCUGGUGCCCCCCAAGAAGAAGAAGAAGAAGAAGAGGGAGAGUGUAACGGUGGCCCCAGGGCCAGGGGUGAUGGAGGCUGGGCUGCCAACUGACCUUCCAGGGGAGGCUCCGGCACCCAGCAAGGAGAAGAAGAAGAAGAGAGAGAAAGGGCAGAAGGAGACGGAGCCUGGGGCCGAGACGAGCCAGAGACAACCCCAGGAGCCGGAGGAGAGCACGCAUCAAGGCUCCACCAAGAAGAGGAAGAAGCCAGAGCAGGAAGGUGGGGCACCGGGGCCGGCUCCCUAGGGACACUGCCAACUGGGGAGGUGUCUCCCACAGGAGGGAACCGCUGCAUCCUGUGUCAUGUCCACAGUGGAGAUGAGAGAAAGGGCUGAUGGUCCCUGGGCGGGGUCAGAAGGCGACUACAGCCACGAGCCCCUUCCCAGCCAGCAACCACACCAGCACACACAACAGCCUUGGCCUGGGAAACCCUUUAUUGUAACAUGAGGGCCUCGAAGGCAGGAUCACUGGGGCACUUUGAGGAAGGGUUCGUGCAGGACGUCAAAGAGCCUCCGGGCCUGGGAGGAGGGAGAGAAACAAGAAAUCCUCAUUAAAGACAGCACACGCUUUGCUACAU